CGGGUGAUAAGACGAUAAUAGUUUGCACUUCUGCUCUGCCAUGAAUCUUACCAAGAUGAAGUUUCAGGCCAUCUUUUCCAUGGCUGGUCUUCUCAGCAUUUGCACUUGUGCCCCUAUCUACCAGCCACAAAUUGGAAUAAUUGCAAGUAACAGUAAUGAGGUUUUGCGUAUCAAUGGACUCACUCUGGCAAGUUUGGGUUUGGGUCAAGCCCAGGGUACUCCAUUUUUCUCCCCCUACCUGAUCCAGCAGCAGCCCCCACAGGUGCUGAACUUUAACCCUGCGAUGCAAGGAUUCUUUCCCCCUCAAAUAAACCCACUGAACCCAGCACAGUUGCCUCCGUUGCAGCAGGAGCAGCCUAUACCUGGCUUCGGUCCCAACAACGGCAUACCAGCACAGAACCCUCCUCCGGGCUUUCCAUUCUUCCUGACGAAUCUAUAUCCUCUGAGAAACACCCCUGUAAGGCUGAUACCCAACCAGAACGCUGGGCCAAAUAUUCAAGGCCAGGCUACGAUGCAACCAGUGCAACCAAUGCAACCAGUGCAACCAAUUCGACCAAUACAGAACAGGGUGAAGGCAGUAGACCCGAUGGUAACGUCUGCUCCUGAUUACCGUGGUGAUCGGCCCGGUCCUGGAACUGUAGAGGGGCAUCCUGGCUUCCCACUUUUUGAGCCAUAAGCUCAGAAGACUUCAUUAAUAAAUAGAUAUCCCACCAUGGAGAUCCCUCACAGGAGACAUUUUUGUUCAAUUGAAAUAUCCAAAUGUUUCUAAAUAAAUAAAUGAUGCUCUGUUUA